AUGGCGCGGUUGAAUGUGAUACGAAGUUGUGGGAAUAUGAAGCUCCAUAAAUUCUUUCUUUUCUUCAAUGUCUUGGACAUUGUCUACAAAGUUGUGCAGAGUGUUGACGGACAUGCGCAAGGGUUUGUGCAGGCAGGUACCGACAUCAGCGGACUUGUUGAUGGAGUCCUCGCACAUAUUUCGGAGCCAUCGGCAGUUAGCAGUUCGUCGCCUGUCAGCUUUGCAGACUUGGAAGACAGUAGCACAAAUAUGUAUGCAAGCCCGAUAGCGUUCGAGCCCGCCCUCAUGGAUUUCAAGUCGCAACCAUUAAGUAUGCCUGUGCGGCGACGAGUAGUUGUGAAGAACCUGAGUCCCGAAUCAAGCAUAGAAAUGCUGUCCAUCAGUGGCAACACAGCAAACUUUCACUGUUCCUUCUUUCAGGAAAAGAGGAUAUCACCGGGUGGCAACACGACAUUCGACAUUGUGUACCUGGGAAGAGAACGGGGCCUAGUUGAAAAUAUAUUAUUUAUUCAUACGUCACUAGGCUCCUUCAAGUAUCAGGUGUCAGCGAUAGGAAAAGAGAACCCAUACCGGUUGCGGCCAUUCAUUGGGGUUCGCAUGCCUCUCAAUAGUAGCUACACACCACUCAUCUACAUGCACAACCCCCACAGUUCCACUAUUCAGCUAACUGAAAUUUACACAAGUGGUGGAGAUUUGCACCUUGAAAUGCCAGAUGGUGAAAACAAGAUCUCAAAAGAACUUUGGGAGAUUCCCCCCUACAAGACUAAGCCAGUGAUGAAGGCAAACUUUGUGUCCCGAAUAGAGAAAAACCACACAGCAUUCAUCCGCAUAAAACUCAACAGCACCAUCCGUGUAGACCUGAUUCUACCUGUAGAAGUGGAAGUUGUCUCGUUGCCUGGCAUCUUUUCACCUACGGAGACACUCGACUUCGGGGUCAUGCACAGCCAGGAUGAACCGAAGACUCUCCCAUUGAACCUCUUAAACUCUGGGCCCAAACAGCUUUACAUUAGUAAUGUCAUUGUCACCCCGGUGAAUGAGGCAGUUGAGGUCAAGUUCACACCAACCAAGGUGCCCCCUGACACAGUUCGGUCCACACAAGUUGCAACUGUGACCUACAUUCCCUCAAAAGUUAAGCACCUGAAACAAUGCUCAGGCAGAAUUGUGGUGAAGUCCAAAAAUAACCAGUACAAGUUGACGAUACCAUUUCAGGUAUACUUCAUGAAUGGGUCACUGGAGUACAAUGUGAAUGGUACUGUGUUCUACAUAGGGAGAGCAAAGAGCCUUAGCAAGUCAGAUGUUAGGCCACUAAAUAUCUCCAAUACUUUCCCGGUACCAGUCGUCAUUCACAGCAUUGAACUUCAACCCGAGAGUCAACCUCAUUUUACUGUCAUAUUUAACUCAUCAACAGUUCUGCAGCCAAAUGAAACAAAGCCAGUAGUAUACCUCAAGUUUCACCCACAGAAGACAGCUCUGCAACUGAACGCAACACUAAGGCUGCAUACAAACAUAUCGCACUUCAACAUUCCUCUCACAUGCUACAGCGGUAGGCUCACAUUGAGGCUUCACCAUGCUGUCAACAAUGAGUCCUUUCUUGACUUCGGUACCCUUGGUAUUGGGAACAAGCGCAGCAUGUUUUUUGUGGUCAUCAAUGAAAACCCUAUCGAGGUAGUGAUCAAACACUGGGGCACAAACAUGACCAAGACAUUAGUAGAACUUGCUGCUGAAGCUGAGAACAGCAGCACACUAGUCGGGAAUUACAACUUCUCAAGCGUCGUAAGAAAGGUCACACUGCUGCCCCUGCAUUAUGCACUGUUUCGGGUCAGUAUCACAGCACCGGAGACUGAGGGGGUUUUCUGGGGUGAAGCCUCCAUCGAAACGAACCACGAGGUGCUCAAGGUCCAGUUCACUAUGAGAACGGCUAAAGGCAGCCUCAUGUCGGAUCCGAUUGUAUUCGAGAAUGCGUUUCCGGGUAAAGUGUCGUCGCAGAAUCUGUACAUCCACAGCACAUUUUCACACUCAAUGACGGUGACUUCAGUGCAAAUAGUUCCUGAAGAUUCUAGGUUUUAUUUCGAAGUGACUCAAAAUGCUUCGCCUGUGCUGCAACCAAGAAGUAAAAACUGGGCAGGGAAGCUGUACUUUGACCCUAGACGGGAGUGCAAACAGGAGUGCUACAGCGGGCUGCCAACAGCAACAACGGAAGGCCGCCAGUGGUUAUCUGGGCUCAGCCUGCCCAGUGAUGUUGGCGAUGCAGACCUGGAGAUCUUUCAGAGCAUUCGAACACGCUGGCUGGCCCUGCAGGAAGGCAGGCAGCACAUUGUCAACGUUACUCUAAAAGUGGACACUAGUGAGGCGCAGGGUUUCCUCAUGGAGGCACAAGUGCUCUUUCACUGGCCAAAGCUGUCAACAAAGAACAUUCUAAAGUUCCCCGUCACACAAGUGGGAAACCUCACUGUGAGGCAACUGACACUGGAGAAUCCAUCCAGCCUCCCUGUGCUGGUUCAGGUGUUGCCGCUGUUCUUGUACCCGGACUUGGAUGCAGCCCUCGCCAUGGCUGCACAGUCGACCGGCAUGUCGAAUCUUUCAGCGGCAUUGAAGAGUGAGCCCCACGUGUUCACCCUGCAGGACCUUGAGGAGUAUGACCCAAGCCCCGACAACGUGUUCCUAGCCUACGGCAAAGGCCUCGAGGAAUAUUUCCACGCUCAGCGUCAUAGGAGGUCAUUGGCCUUCCAACUGACGCCAGGCAUGAGAGUGCGCAUGAAGGUUGGCUUCUCACCCAAGGAUGACCAGCCCGCUGCCUCCUUGUUGCUCAUUCGGAAUAACCUGACUGUGAUGAGUGCAGUAAUGCUAAAGGGCCAAGGGGGCUACGGCCAGCUGCGACUUGGCAACAAGGUUCCAGGUGCAAAUGAUGCAGCUCUGACUUUCGAACUAUUGGAAAGUCACCUGAAAGACUGUGACGGCACGAGAAUCGGGCGCCUGUCGCAACCCAACUUCACAGUGCGGCGAGGAUUCACAGCCCGCAACACCGGUCAACUUCCAGUGUUUGUUCGGGGUUUCUACAUCAGUGGCAAGCCGUGCCAGGGAUAUGGCUUCAGGGUGUUGGACUGCCACGGCUUUGAGCUAAAGCCAAAUGCCACCCGGCGCAUUGACAUCGCGUUUACACCUGAUUUCAUGCUGUCACUCGUGGAGCACACAUUGGAGCUGCAGACAAGCCUGGGUCGCGACCGCGUGGCCUACAAGAUGUCGGCGACAGUGCCGCGACAGUACCUGGGGCUGUGCCAGGCAUCGAUGCCACGCCCUCGCUGGGAGCCAUUCAUGCAGUGCUGCGCACUCAGUGCGGCCCUCUUCCUAGUACUCUGUGCAUUGGCUUAUGCCUACCUGGAGCGAGAUCGCAUCCUGCACACGAGUUUCUACCCACUCACCACACUGACCGAUCAGGGGGCUGUGGCGCAUCCCACUGGAAAACUGCAGGCAUUUGACCUGCGCUCCCUGGCUGCUGGCCCUUCUUCGCAAGGGGUGGUGGCUGAUGGCCAGAGCUAUAGUGCAAGCUACAGUAAAGCACCUAGCAAUAGCAGACGAAAGAACCACGAUAUGCAACAACAGCAUGUGGGACCAUGCCGGGUCGAUUCAUCGUGCCAGGUGUCAACGAGUAGAAGCUCGACGUCAUUAUCGCGCACGCCAGACGCCGAGAACCACGCCACACGAGACCCUGACACAGACCGGGGCAUGAGCAGAAAUGGCGUGCGACGCCGCACCAAUGCUAAGCAGAAGCAGGAAACUGGUGUUCAGGCAUCUCUGACUCCAGGAAGGUCGGAGUCGCCUGUUCGUGCCAAGCAAACAGUUCCCGCAUCGCUCCUCGUGAAGAAAUCCGUAGACGAGAGGAACGACACGCAGCAGGCGGCAUGGUGGAAGUUGGUGAUGUGGUUCAACACGGACGCGUGGAGCAAGGAGCGCAGCGUGGAGGCUGUGGCGAGCGUCGCAACUCAGACUGCACGUGAGAACCAAGUUAUUGCUGGCGAGAAGAAAGACGAUGACAGGAAGAACAGGCGCAAGAAAAUGGUGAUAGAAGAGGAGACGUCGUCAACGACAACUGAGACGUCGAAUGCAGACUCCGACUUGAGUGAAAAGGAUCAUACGUUGCUGCAUCUACCAGAUGUGUGCACGUCAGCCAAGUUAAUAAAAGGCAAGCGGCCAAAGCUAAAAGCUGGUUCUGAACAAGGCAGCAGCGGAAGUAUGGCCGAGUCCAGCAAUCAGUCAUCCUUUGGCGCGCCUUUGUUUCCACCUGAUGGGAACCUUGCAGAUGAAAGUUUCGAGGCCAGCACAAAGCCUAAAACGCACAAGAAAAGCAAAAUUGAGAGAAAGAGGGUUCAUGACGAGGAAGCAAUCAGGCAGAGCACAUUGGAGCUGCCUUACAAGCCGAAGACGAGCAUUGGAACCAAAGAACCACACAUACCGCGACCUGAAGUCUUACGGCUAUCAACUGAACUCAGGAAAGCAGCUGAAGGAAAAAUUAAAGCACGGUCUUCUUCAUUUGAAAGUGAGCCUGAAUUGCACGUGAGGAGGAACUCUCCACCUCCGCUGUGGGAUUCGCCAAGGGAAGCCAGGUGUGCCCCAGACGAUGCAUUGGCAGAAAUAGCCAGGCAGACGGAAAACUUUGCCCUUCAGCAAAAAAGCACACGGUCGAGCCGCCCAUUGAGCUACUCAGCGGCUGUGGCCGGCUCCAGCUCAACCAGGCCAUCAAGAGCUGCGGACAGCCCACCGCAUCCUCCGGCCCCUCCUGUCAACCGUAGCCCUGGUGUUGUAGGCCAAAAGCCCGCUGGGCUUGCUGUGGAGCCUCCGCUGAAGUCGAAAUCUGCUUCGCUUGGCCAUUCCUGGGAUGCCAUGAGUAGGGCACUGCCUGACCUUCCAGUCGACACGUAUUCCUUAGCAGAUAAACCGAAGGAACCUUGGCUGGAAACACCGGAUCCGAAGCAGGAAAUUGCGCCUGUGCUUAGAAAUAUGUGUGCCUCCUUCUCUCCGGGCAACCUGCGGACAAGCAGCACAUAUUCUGUACCUUCUCCCGACGCUACCUACAGUCCGUGGUCAACGCCAAGGCCCACGCCUACAGACUUUGCUUCUCCAUGGAAGGGCACAGCGGCCAACAACCCACCAGUUGGCAUGGUCCCUACAAGCCAGUGGGGUGCCCCAGAUGUGAGAGCGCCCUCAGCUCACAGUGAAGCCGACCGCUGGGCACCCAGCGCAACACAGCGUCCCAUUGGAUCUGGUGAUACCACUCGAGCGAAGAGAAGCUCAGGGAGAAAGAACCUUUUAUGGGAACCGGCACCGACACCAGCAGCGCCAGCAGCCGCAUUACCAUCUGUGUGGGGCUCUAGCUGGUGGGGCAACAACUCUGUAACGUUGCCUUCCCAAACGUCGCCAUUGUCGCCAGGCGGCUUGCCCCUGGCGGACACAUCACCCACCGAAUCCAUGUCCAAUAUGGUGUCGUCUCUAGGCAUGGACUCCCCAGAUGCCAACUUGGACCCAGCGGCAUCUUUUGAAAAUCUAAACCCAAGUGGCCUUGGGUCAGCGCUUUCGCACAGCAUUUGGACACAGCAGCAGCCGACUGGCAUAUCGCACCCAUGGCAUGUCUCGACCAACUACAGCCUGUUCCAAGACAGCCCAACUAUGCCAGUUGGCCAGCCCCCAGUGGGCAGCAGUAAUGGAAGCAGCUCAGUCAAGGGUCGGCAUCAUGCCCCUUUGGGUUGGCAGGACAAAGAGUCCUAAACAGAGAGAAUGCCCACCGCUCCCAGCGCGCACACACACCCCAGCAAUACUUCCACAAGCCGUUAACUUGUGUUCUGCUCACUACCUGUUCGUUCGUUUUAUUUGCACUUCUCUCGUCAUUUGUACAACUGACCAUUGCCAAAUUGCAACGAACGACUUGGGACUGGGCGUAGUUGUACAGUGCCAAAAUGUUGUUCGAGCGGCUGGUAUAAUUAUACGACGCAGGCUGUCUGUUCUCUUCGCAUUAUGUCUGCACAAUCAGUUCUUCAUACGAAUGCUUCACCUCGUGGGCAUUUCACAAAAAAAGUUAAAAAGCUGCACCAUGCUGGCUUUGAUGGCGAUUUCUAGUUGCUCGUAACCGCCCCCGAGUGAAAAAAUGUUUGCUGUUCGUAGAUGUUGCUGUGCGUGUUUUGACCAGUGUAAGAAAAACAGUUUGUCAGUAAGGAUCGGAACCGAUGUGCUAGGUGUCGAAGUAAAUCUCGCUUGUAGCACAUGACUAAAAUGCCUUACUUAUCACCCUUACACCUUCAGCUAGAGGCUUGUGUUGUUUACUCAGCUGUACUCCAAUGUGCGUUUCCAAAAACAAGGUAAGAAGCAUAGCACCAGACUGGUUACUCUGUGCCAGCUGCCAAAAAUGUUUACUCGUUUGAUACGCUCAGUUUACCCUGUAUGCUGCACAAAAUGAGAUCAUGGUAGUACAUCGCACAUCUGUGGUUGGGGUGUUCAUACUAUGUGGGAAGCGUGAAGACAAAGAAGAUAUCUGUAGCAGCUGCUUCACUCACUUGCUUUUCACAAGACGUGCCAUUCUUACUACUUUUAGUUGGUCUUAUCACAAUUUUUUUUUCUUCGUCUCUAUUGCUAGGGGUGCACACACUCUUAUCCAUCUCGCACCCAUUUAUAAGCAAAUGACAUUGUUUGACUAGCCCAUAGUUUUAAGUUCAAAGUGUGGCAAUAAAUUAAAUGAUGGAGGAAACAGGAGUGUUGUUUCGUUAGUUGUACGUGUUGUGGUGCGUUUGCUCUAUUUUUUUUACUUGACCUUGCGUAUCUUGCAUUGCUUGCUGAUAAUCCCUCUAAAGACUUCUGAUUUUUUCUGUCUUUGAGUACUGUCUCAUUAUUUAUUGCAGACAUUGAAGAAAUUUGUUUGUUAGCCGACGCAAUUGAAUGUGCUCUGUUGCACUAGGUCAUGUGGUGGUUCACUGGAAGGAGCAACACAUGAAUUCAUUGGAUGCACUUGGUUCUUUAAACGGCCCUGCGGCGAUAUGUGUGCCUCAACAAAUGAGGCUGAAGCUCUUUCCUUCAAAAUUCGUGCUAUUUUCGUUCGAGUAGCCAGCAAGACACGCGGAGACUUGGGCUCACACAUGUUGUGCAUUUGUACGUCAGCUUUAUGCAGAGUACCCUCUGCUUUUUACAGUGGCCUUAUGCUCAUGUGAUACUUCUCACAGUGGACCACCUCACAUGCUGAAGCAGCAUAAUGUUGACUGGCGCAUUUGGCAAAAAAGAAAAAAAGUUAAUAUGUUCUGCAAAACACAUUUGUGUGUUUAAUCCUGGGCUUGUUGUACUGGGAUUUCAUGAGCAGCAAUGUAGCAAUGUUUUCAGCCAGUGAAAAUUCUGCACACAGUUGUCCUUAAACUCACUACUGUAUAUUUUUUAAUUAUUCUAAAAAUACUUGCAAGCAAGGGUUACCUAGCUUGGAAAUAUUUGUGUACAGUUUAGUACUAUUUAAGUUUGGUAGAAAGUGUGAAGUCUGAAGAGGGCUGCUGCACAUGUGGUGCUGCCAUCAAACCAAAAGAGUUAUUACAUGGCAUUUAGUACGUGUUGUGCAGGUUUACUUUAUUUGACUCGCAAUCCUGUUUGCUUGCAUUUUAAUAUUUUGAAAUUAACUUUCUUUUUGUGUUUGUGAGGUGUCUGAGUGAACACCUCGUUGUUGCCUAGUCAAGGUUUGCAGAGUUUUAGUGAUAAGAGUGGCUGUUGCAAAAAGCAUCAGUUUAUAGUACAUUUGCAUAACGCAGUUCCUGUUUGUGGCAAAUUUUUAAUGUUAUUCUUUUUUUUUUCUUUUGAUCAGUUUAUCAGCAUCACUUGCAAUUUGGGGCGCAAACACUGUAAUAUGCUAUUAGCUCUAUUUUCGCACAUUAUGUUAAUGCUUUUCCAGGACAUGAAAUUUAUUGUAUCCUUAAAGACAUCAGGUGAGAUGUAUUUUAAAAUUAAUUAUUAUUCACACUGUUCUAUUGUCUUUCACCGUAAUUGUAUACAUUUAUCAUCAGAAUAGAUACAAGACUGACGUUCAAUUCCUUUGCCCGCUGAUUGACCAUUGUGAUUUUCUUCAGGUAUUGUAAUUGGCAAGCAAAGAAAAAGAAAGGGGAAGGAGAGGUCUGUUAUUUACAGCUUGCAAAGGAAAUUUCAUGCCUCUAUUGUAGACCUAUGGAUGUUGCAUUCUGCAAAGUUGUUUCAAUUGCUUUUUGGAAAAGAUUAUUUUUUAUCAUUUGGAUCAUUUACAUUGUUACAGCUUCUGCCAAAGCAGUGUGCAGAGUCAUGUUUUAUCAUCAUUCAACAGAAAUAUAUCAGAUUUUUGUCUAGUAAGCACAUAAAGAAAAUUUGGAGCAGCCUCUACUCUUGUGUUAAAGUGUUAUACCUUUAGCCGUGUGUGCUCAAGUUGAGGAUACACUCGGGCCCGUUGGCCUUUUUGUAAAGCACUGCCAGAACAGCUGUUUCCUUUUUUUUUUUUUUGUGACUGCAGCAAACAUGCCUUGCACAGAACACCUUAGAGUUUUCCCUACUUAACUGUGUGGUCCUUUGUUCUCUGUGUAGCGGUGGGCUUGUGGCGAGAAGUGUACAAGACCCUUCCUGUUGGCACCUGUUUUUUUUUCCUGUGCUGGAGUAAAUUGACGUGUGCUUAAUGCUGUGUUAGAGCAAAUAUGCCCUGCUCCCAUGUUUAAAAAGAAGAAAAAAGCAAAAGAAAUAUCAGACCUGUUUGGCUGUUGCAGUUGCCUAACAUGGUCAACACUGCCGCCCGCUGUGCUGUUGUCAGUUCAAUGUUUGCAGAGUUCCUUCUAAAGAAAACAGAAAUUUCUAUCCAGACUUCGUUAUUGGCUCAUAGAAAUAAAGAGAGUCCAACACCAGU